GCUGUGGUCAUCCUGGUAGCCCUAUUUAUGGAAGAACAAUUGGAAAUAGUUUUAAUUUGAAUGAUGUUGUCUCCUUUUCCUGUAACACGGGAUAUAUUUUGCAAGGACCUACAAGAGCUCAAUGCCAAGCCAACAGACAGUGGAGUCAUCCACCACCAACAUGUAAAGUGGUCAACUGCUCUGAUCCUGGAAUCCCUGCCAAUUCCAUUCGGGAAAGUAAAAUCGAGCAUGGAAACUUUACUUUCGGCACUGUGGUGUUCUAUGACUGCAAUCCUGGCUAUGUUUUAUUUGGUUCUUCAGUGCUAACCUGCCAGCAUGUUGGCUAUUGGGAUAAACCUUUACCUGAAUGCAUUGUGAUUGACUGUGGCCAUCCUGGUUCUCCCCCAAAUGCUAUAUUAACUGGAGACAAAUUCACGUUGGGUUUAACGGUUCGUUAUUCUUGCACUGGAGGAAGAACACUCAUAGGACAGUCAUCACGGACUUGCCAAUUGAAUGGACUCUGGAAUGCACCUAUGCCACAUUGUUCAGGUGAUGUUUCAGGUACAUGCGGGGAUCCAGGCAUCCCUGCUCAUGGCAACAGAGAAGACAGUGGUUUUAAAAUCAGGAGUAAAGUACACUUCACGUGUGACACAGGGUAUGUUCUUUAUGGGUCAGCUGAGAGGAUGUGUUUUCCCAAUGGGACGUGGUCUGGAAGACAGCCAGCAUGCCAUGCUGUACAGUGUGGAAACCCAGGAACUCCUGCAAAUGGGCGGGUGUUCCGCAUCGACGGGACGACCUUCUCCCACUCAGUCAUUUAUUCUUGUAUGGAAGGAUAUCUGCUUUCCGGAUCAUCGGUGAGACAAUGUACAGCUAAUGGAACUUGGUCUGGAAUUCUUCCUAACUGCACAAUAAUCAAUUGUGGAGAUCCUGGGAUACCAGCUAAUGGACUGAGAUAUGGCGAGGAAUUUUCUGUUGGGCAGAAUAUGACUUUUGUCUGCCAACCAGGAUAUACAAUGGAACCAAAAAUCUCUAGAAUUCGUACAUGCACUACCAAUGGAACAUGGAGUGGUGUAAUGCCUUCUUGCAAUGCUGUUACCUGUCAUGCUCCACCACCGAUAUCCAAUGGAAUAUUGGAAGGGAGUUCUUUUGAGUGGGGAACCAGUGUGAGCUACAGUUGCUCUCCAGGGUAUGAACUCUCUUUCCCUGCAAUCUUAACCUGUGUUGGAAAUGGAACAUGGAGUGGUGAGGUGCCUCAAUGUUUGCCAAAGUUUUGUGGAGAUCCUGGUGUCCCGAGAGAAGGGAUGCGAGAGGGAAGAAGCUUUAUUUACCAGUCAAAGGUCUCCUUUAGCUGCAAUCCUCCAUUUCUUCUUGUGGGAUCCAACACAAGGAUAUGCCAGGCAGAUGGAUCAUGGAGUGGAUCCCUGCCUCGCUGCAUAGAGCCCACACGCACCACAUGUGAGAACCCAGGUGUCCCAAGGCACGGAUAUCAAAACAAAUCUUUGGGAUUUCAGGUUGGAAGUGUGGUUCAGUUUGAUUGUGAAAGGGGGUACCUCCUUCAAGGAUCUACUACACGAGUAUGUCUGGCGGAUCUCACCUGGAGCGGAGUUCAAACCGAAUGCAUUCCUCAUACAUGCAAGCAGCCAGAGAGUCCUCCUCACGUUAAUGUGGUUGGAAUGGACCUGCCCUCAAUCGGAUACACACUGCUUUAUUCUUGUCAGCCUGGCUUUUUUCUAUCAGGUGGAUCGGAGCACAGGGUCUGCAAGUCAGAUGGCACUUGGACUGGAAAAAUGCCUGUAUGUCAAGUGGGCUCCAAAUUAACUGAGAAAACCAACAAACCCGUGACAGGGACUCCAAGUCCUAAGUUAAAUGUUCCUGAUGAUGUAUUUGCUCCUAAUUACAUCUGGAAAGGCUCCUACAACUAUAAAGGAAAGAAGCAACCAAUGACUUUAACUGUCACAAGCUUCAACACCUCCACUGGUAGAGUUAAUGCAACUUUAACAAACAGUAACAUAGAAAUGCUACUGUCAGGAAUUUAUAAAAGCCAAGAAGCGCGACUGAUGUUGCUAAUGUUCCAUGCAAAAGCAUCUGCUCAUUCUUCCUUAAGCAAGAUCAAAGAAGAAAAAUGGUCCAUGGAUGGUUUUGUAAGUAGAUCUAAAUUGACUAAAGAUGAAAUACUGUCGGUUUUAAAAUGUGUUCACUUGGAUAUAUGCUGUAAAAGUAGACAUCUUCCCCGUGAGAAUUAUGAAUUGGAUUAAAAAAGGUUUACUUACACAGUGUAUUGAUCUAAUUGCUGAAUACAUCAAAUGUACAAGAAGUUUGCAAUAAAAAAAUGGCAAUAAAAUAAUGUACCGUAAAAAACGUUGAAUAAGUCAAUUUUCUAAGCAUUUUUGUGGGGCCCUUAAAAGGGGACAGCUACUAAUACACUGGUGCAACAUAUGCGCCGGUGUGUCUAAUAUUAAACUACUGUACCAAUGCUACAAUGAGAUUACUACUACAUAAACUUAACUGUCAACAACCCGAUUUAUUUGUUCAGGAUCUACGGCAUGCAGGUCAUGUUGCUAGGUAGCAACA